GAGAGCAGUGGGUCUGGGCUGGAUGAUGACAGCCCCUGGCUCCGCUCCGCUGCUGACGAAAGCUGCUUAGACCCUCAGUUGCCAUGGCGACCAGCGGGAGCAGCCACAGAGAAAGAGGCAGAGAGAGGGCGGAGGCAAAGGAGGGAGGAACCGAGAGAAAAGGAGAGAGCGAGAGAGAGGGAGAGAGAGAGGGAGCGUGUGUGUCAAAGAGACAGAGAGGGAGGUAAUGAGAGCUGGGAGAGAAACACAUUCAUACGCCAUUCUGCAGCGAAGGAGAAAGAGAAGGAGAGAGAGAGCGAGAGAGCGCGAGGGAGAGGGGGGGAGAGAGAGAGAGCACGGUAAGAGAAUAAAGCUUCUUGCAUGGGCGUGGGGGAGAGGGGGGGGACGAGAGCUACUGAGACUGAAUAACUGCGGGUGCUUGUGAAUAGAGGUAGCAACAGAGAGAAAAGAAAAGAAAGAGAGAAAGAGAGUGAGAGAGAAAGAGAGAGAGAAAGAGAGAGAGGGAGAGAGAGAGAGAGAGAGAGAGAGAGAGAGAAGGAGGAGAGAGAAGCAGUUUGCACAACAUGGAUGCCCAGUCGGAGAGCUGCGAGACGCCACCGAGCGACCCUCAAGCUCCGGGCAAAAUCAGAAAGGCCUUCAAGCUGUUUGGCAAAGGCAAGCCAGGCAGCGGCGUCGCCAGCAUCUUCACCAGGCGCGGCAAAGGGGAGGGGGAUCCAAAAUCCCCCGUGUCACGGAGCAAGACCCUGGAAGGGCUGUCGGAGAGCACCACGGCAACGCAGGAUGCUCCCGAGGUGGCAACUGUGUCGGAGCCCACCGCAUCCCCACAGCAGCCCCAGCAGGAGGGGAGCGACCCGUACGAGCCAGCCCAGAAUGAGCAGCAGCCGUCGGCAGAGGAGCCGAAGCCGGACCUGGCCUCAUCCCCCACCAGGCCCUCCAUCUCCUCCAUCACCUCAGUUAAGUCUCUGAGCUUUCUGUCGUUGCUACGGCGAAACCGGAGGGGGGGAGGGGCCGGCGCUGAGGGGGACCGGCAGGUGCACACGGAGGCUCACCGCGGCGAACGCCAGCGCAAGGGCCUGCGGAGUCUGUUUGGCAGCAUGCGCUGGCGUCGCCAUGAUGAUGAGACGGACGAGGGGGCUGGGCCACCGCUGACGGCCUCCCGCUCCAACAGCGUGGAGAUCAUCAAGGAGCACCUGACGCUGACCCCGCGACCUGCGCCGCGGGCCGAGGGUGAGCACGACCUGACCGAGUCAACAGUGCAGUCGCAAGUGCCGGCUUCACAACCCAACACCCCCAAGCCAGCUGCAGUGUGGGGGGCGUCCCAGCUGAACCCCAACACCUCCGUGGCGGAGCCCACCUCGGACCGGCUGAGCACACUGCUGGGCGACAUCUCAUCCAUCCUGAGCUUCGACUCGCUGACGGGCUGUGGUGACAUCGUGGCGGACGUGGAGGCUGAGUGGGCCAAAGCCAGCAGCCGCGUCGGAGCCUCUGCCGCGGCCGCCAAGGACCAAUCCGAUGACACGGACAGUGGGGAGAAGAGCCUGUCGUCCUCGGCGACCCCGUCGGGCAAACUUUCCCCCUCUCCUGCCCCUGUUACCCCUACCCCUACCCCUACCCGUACCCCUCUGACUACAGCUAAACCCAUCACCACUCCUGCCACCACCUGGCAUGCUUCCAGCCCCCUAGCAGCCAAACCCGUCUCUCCGACACCCACAGCAUCACAUCCAGCUUCUACAGAUGUGAAACCCCUUCCAGUUCCCUCUCCUGUUCUGUCGCACUCUUCCCUCUCAGCGUCUCCCCAGAUCUCUAAGUCUGAGCCUAAACCUGCCCCUGCCCCCGUUCCUUCGCCCACCCCCAUGCCUGCUGCACCCAAACCAUCUGCUAUGGCAGCCACUGGCCCCAAACCAACUCCCUCUGCCGCCCCUGCCACCCCUGCAGCCCCUGCCACCCCUGCCGCCCUUGCCACCCCUGCCGCUCCUGCCGCCCCUGCCGCCCCUGCCGCCCCUGCCGCUAAGUUCAUCUCUAGCCAGAUGAGCGGAGCCAAACUAACCACAACAUCCGGGAAGCCUCCUCCGAAGAUCGUCACGACUUUUGGAUUGUCCUGCCACCGGGUCCGGACGUCGCCACCCACCAAACCUGCUUCGGGCUUCGAUGCCAAACCUCCCACUCCGACGACCAAAUCUGCCCCCGUCUCCACCUUCUCUGACCCCACCACAUCUUUCCCUAGUGCUGCCAUAGCGACAGUCGUGGAACCAGCUCCCGCCGCCAAAGCCCCUGUCACCUUUCCUGCCCCUGUCCAUUAUACCCAUGCUGCCACUCCUGCCCCACUUGCCCCUGCUGCUUACAAACCUCCACCAUCUUACACCGCUCCCCCAGCUCUCACCCCCCCACAGCCUCUCUCUGCUGCCCCAAAACCUGCAUUUCCGGAACCUUCUACCACAACUCCAGCCCCAGCUCCCUCCUCCAGGCCUCCGCCGAUUGCCUCCCCGGUCUCUCCCCCCUCUCCCCUGCCUCCUUUCUCUCCACCUCCUGCUGCUCCUGCUGCAGCCCCCCUGCCCACCUUCAAGCCUGCAGCUGCCCUGUCCCAGCCCCCCUCUGCCCCCUCCCUGAGCUCCUCGGUGGGGAGGGCCCAGCCUGCAGCCUCCUCUCCCCCUGAGGGGGAGGCGCGUGUGGACGGUGGAGAGGACCUGGCCAGCCCAGGGGCCCUGGAGGCGAGAGAGGCGCCUGGCCAGCGGGGCGCUCCGGAGGUUGCUCCCCCUGGUGGUGGCGCACAGGGGGCACGUGGGGACAAGCGCAGCCCAGCGGUGAAGCACGCCAUCCUGAGCAAGAUCCCCGUGAGUGGAGGGGGCAGACCGGCGGUAGCAAGGGGGCAGCAGGCGUCCGGGCGCGAGGCGCACUCCAACGGGGACGACGCAGCCGCAUCCUGGGGGACCCCCACCCCUGUUGGAUCUCAGGAGGACAUGCUACACCCUCUCUCCCACAUGGGAAGCCGAGACACCCUCAGUGGAUUCGCCGGCCAGUCCCCCGCUGCGUCACCGCCGACCUCCCCUCUCGGUUUCGACGAAGACCACGCUCGAACGCCCUCUCCGCCCGGAGCGUCUGCUGCUCGCCUCUCUUCAAAAAUAGGAGUACCAUCUGGUAUCCCCCGAUCUGGUAUCCCAAUCAAGCGUGACACCCACGCAGCGCCCACCUACCACUCGCUACAGGGCAAAGGGGACGCCCCGCGCACCAAGAUCCCCGUCUCUAAAGUUCCUGUCCGCCGCGGAGGCCACGCAGCCGUCAGGAAAUAAACCCAACGCAACCUGACCUCUCCGGACUGGGUUUGUUUUCUUUCACUCAAACGUUUCGAUCAGACGACGUGCUCUCCGGACUUUCUUUUGUUUACAUUCGUUUGUGUAUUUUUAUCAAACUCACAGACACACCACUUGCAGUUUAUUGCUCAACAGACACUUCCCAAGCAGCAUCUGGAUUGGAUCUGGCAUGAAUCUAGUCAGCUGCACUCUGGGCCUCGAUGGUGUUGACCACUGCCUGGUCUCUUUGUCCGUCUAUCACUGGAACAUCAGGAUUAAUUUUAUGCAGGACAGAAUUGUUUUUUUUCUCUGGUGAUAAUAACUACUGACGUUAAGGCUGCCGUUAAUCGCCACUGACAGACUGACUCUGAGUUUACAGAGACGCACACACUCUGACACAACACACACACACACACACACACACACAGACUCUCGUGUGUUACUGACACACACACACACACACACACACACACACACACACACACACACACACAGUCACACUUUGUUUAAGCUACCCUACAAUGGGAACACGGAGGCCGAAGCACAACACCUGUCACCUGGGACGUGAUUCCACAGACACUCUCAAGAGGGCACCUUACACACACCUGAGGAAGGAGCUCACCUGCCAUUGUGGACACCAGACAACUGCUCAGCUUGUGUCCAAGCACCCAGCAACCCUGUCAACAUCUGGGUACCUGACACACACACACACACACACACACCUCUGGAGGAGCACCACCUGGUGUGUGUGUCUGUCCUGUCAGCCCUCCUCAGUACCUGGGUGGCACCACCCACUGAACCACCACCUCCGUCAGGAAGUGCAAACCCUGCCACUGCCCUCAUGCCCAGGUUGGCACCCGCGGGCAGCUUCUGGCCGUGCGCUCACAGAAGGGUGCUUUUUAAAACUACACUCUGCCAUAGCAACACUGUUUUUUAAUCCAAGAAACUGUGAAAGCGUUUGUAGCCUUUGUUACUCUCUUUUUCUAUAACAUCUUGUCUUUUUUGUUCUUAUUCUUCUUCCUUUCUUUCGGCUCUUUUCGUGGAUCAGUACUCGCCCUGUUGUUGUUUAUUUGUUAGUUUGUUUUGGAGAGGCCUGGAGAGAGGCAGCACCUCUUCCGACACAAGAUGCCAAACCAGGAAGUCUUGCGGUACAUUUUAAAUGAGCACGAAGCCCCAGAGUACAUCAUAACAUGACCAGGAAACGCCACGCUAUAUCUGAAUGUAUGUAGCAGCUAGCACGCCAUACAAUCAGACAGACACUUCAACCCGCCACGCCGUCCAUUGCCUGUGUUCUGUUCACUGUGCUCAACCUCACAGUGCCUGCUUUGUGGAUUAUUAACGCAUACAUAGGGACUCAGAGAGGAUUGUGGGAAGAUCUUGGCGGACCGUGAGAGUGCAUGAACGUGCGGCAGUCACUUGGUAGAGAGUGACCUCUGGGUAAGACUUUUGUGAAGGCUUUGAACUGUGGGAACACUGGGUCAGGUGUGUGUGUGUGUGUGUGUGUGUGUGUGUGUGUUUGUGUGUUUGUGUGUGAGACUGCGUGAGAG